UCGCUUCCUGUGCCUGGCGGAGGGAGGGGUUGGUGCUGACGGUUGGGAGGACGAGCAGAACGCCAAGAAAGCCUUAGGAAAGCGAUAAGAAACGAGGGAAAAGGGCCCGAGGUUUCACCUUCCAUAGCUCGUCUCUGGUUAGCACCCCCGAAGCAAGUGCAAUGUCGUCCAGUCGUCAUCUUAGUGAGAGCAGGGCCAUCCCGACCAGGACGGUGCUGAUCAACGACUCAACUCAGCUACCUCACGACUACUGCACCACUCCUGGAGGCACUUUAUUCUCCACCACCCCGGGAGGUACCCGAAUAAUAUAUGAUCGCAAGUUUCUGUUAGACCGGCGUAACUCGCCCAUUGCCCAGACUCCUCCAGCGCACCUGCCAGUUAUCCCAGGAGUGACAAGCAGAAACAUCCUGAAUGAAAACAAGAGGAAUGAAGCUAACAACAUCAACAACCGUGAUGCCAAGCCAGGGCAAGGUGAAGAUGCUCAGUUCGAGAUGGACAUCUAAAGAAGAGGAACCAGCGUGAAGAACGAUUCAUUACCUGGUACCUGUGUACCAGUGGCUUGGCUUGUAGAAACCAAUGUUGUAAGCCCUCUCCUUUAGCUCUCUCUAGCUGCUGGGUGCUGCAUAAUCAUGGGGAUGAAUGAGUAAAGUUUGCCCAGUGGGACUGCUGGUGCCCUGAAAGCUAACUUUUGAGUGUGCUCUAUUUGUUUAGCUUUCAGGACUACCAUCAGCUAUACUUGCUUCAGUCAGAGAGCAAGGGAAAAUUAUGUAUUAUAAGUGCCCAGAUAUUACCAAUUCACCAUAAUCGACUUCAUUAACAGAUUAGCCGUAAGAGAUUCACUUCUCAUAGUUCAGAUUUGAUUUCAGAGUACGCUGUUCCAGUUUAUUCCUUUUUAAAGGCCUUUAAUGCAGUCUAUUUUGAAAUCCAGUUAUCAUUUGUACACAUCCUUCCAAAUGUAAUAUUUGUCUGUUCCCAUCCAAAAACCGAAAUACUGGAUUGUUUUUCACCAAUUUCUUGCUAAUAAGGGACAGCAGGACUAUGAUAAUUUUGGUUCAAAGAUGAAGAGAAUUCCAUUUGUAUCAGUUAAACAUCUGUAUAUUUUUUUUACAUUUAAGGUUUCAAGAUUUUCAGGUAUUUGUUCAGCUCAGAAGAAUAGUUUUAUAGAAUUGUUAUAGAAAAUUCACAGACCAUAAUCAAACAUUAGAAUUUGUACUGAAUUACAAUUCCAAACAAAUGUACUCCAGUUAUCAAGUUUAUUUUAAACUACCCCGAAAUGAGCAUGUUCUUCUCAUUUCUUUUCACCUGAAAAUGGAAUGGCUAAUUUAAGAUAACUACUAACAUCUAAUCUGAAUUUUGAAAUUUGUUACUUUAGGUCAGAGAGAAUGUUUUAAAAGUACAGCUUCAUCCUAUUAACAGAAUGGUUUUUCCCACCUUUGCAUUGUAAGUUAGUUCUUAUGAUACUUGAAGCAUCAAAAUCAGCUCUGUAGUUCUGUUAAACACAUCCUCUAGUCAAAAGUAGACAAUACCUAGUGCUGUUGGACUGGAUAAAGGGUUUAAUAUACCUUAUGAAACAUGAUGACAAGGAGAGCUGUUCUCAGGAAGCACUUGCUCCCUUCAGCGGAGAAGUAGCAUGGAUAAUAAUAUUUUGCAUUUAAAUCAGCUGUGACAUCUACAGUCACUUUGCAUUUACUACAAUUCUUGCAAACCUUGAUGAUGGAAUCAAAGGUAGGAAAGCACUGAAGUGUAGUUUGGUCAUUUUUCCAUUGUCUAUCUCACAGCCACACAAUGUGAAAGUUUAAAGUUCCUUUUCAAAUAUGGAUGGUUUUGUAGUGACCACGUAUUCAUAUUUUAAUUCUGAUCAAAUGUCUUGAAAAUUUGAAAUGAAUCUUUCCAAUGCUUUUCUAUGCAUAUUGUUUUGAUCUGCUUUUCAUCUAGUUCACAUGUCUGAGUCAUUAUCUUAUUUUUUGGGAUGCCAUAUCUCAUGAAGGGUGAGACGGUUUGAUUAAUAUUCAAUGAAAGUUAAGCAAAGAGAUUAUCCAAACAAAGUGACUUAAAAGAGGAGAAAACUUAUUGUCAUGAAUUUAAUUGUCACUUUUUGUGCCUCCGUUAUUCUAAGCACAGAAAGAUUUGUUUUUCUCUCAUGGUGAUCUCUUGUGCUUAGUCUCCCUAUCCAUGCCUUACUUACUAAGCUGAGCAGCUGUCAAAUACAGUUCCCUUUCAUACAUUUAAACAGGAUUAAUUAAUUUCAGUUAAAAUGUUCUUAUAUUAUUCUUCCUUGUUUAGUUUGAGGAUAAGAUCAAUAUAUUGCUAUGUUUUACUAGAAAGCAUUUAUAUUUUUGAAAACAUGUUUAUUAUCAUUUGCUUACAGAGAUGGAAAGAUUUUGGGCAUACGGCAGUGUAAUGUUUGUAAUACAACUAAUGGGUGAGUUGACAAAAAAAAUUAUAAAAACGUGGUUUAGAUUUAGCUAAGGUUAAACUUUCUAUCAUACAAUACUGAUGAAUAUUCAUGAAUUGAAAUUGAAUCCUUAAGUCAUGUCCAGAUUAAAGCAUUGUCAGACUUAUUUAAAAGUCACAUUUAAUUAAUAAUGACUAAGUAAAGGGAACUUCUGAUACUGUCCUUCUGUAAUCGAUUUUGAGUUGUCAAAUCCCAACUUGUUUCAACUCUGAAAUCUGAAACUUAGAUUUGUUUAAUGAAUGCUGCUGCUUACUUUUAUUUCUUUAUUUUACUUUUUCAGAAAUUGUCAGAAAUAAAUUUAACUCUGUUAGAGGGGAUUUUGGAUGGAAAUAUUUGAUCUAAUGUGGCAGAAAUUUGAAACUGUAUUUUCUUUCUUUGAAACCCUGUUGAGUUGAAUUUAAAUUAAAUGCCAAUGGACACUGUUACAGCAAGAUCAAUAAAAGUUACUUUAUC